AUGAAGACCCACUCCACCCUCGCCAUUGCGGCCUUGACCACACUGGCUGCCGCCUCCCCAGUACUGCCCUCUCGUACUGAACACAUCCAUCUUGAGCGCCGCCAAGCCAACGGCACUACUUCAGCUCCCUGCGCCAAGGUCUCCAGCUAUGUUUAUGGCGACGGCAAUUCCCCUUCCAAACAGCAGGUCCCUGCCCAGCUGGCCUGGGAUUGCCUAAACGAUAUUCCCUUUAAUGCAUCCUCGGCAAAGCGACUCAUCGAGGGCAUUCGGCCAUAUAUCGAUUGGCAGAGUACUCUCGAUGUACUCAAGAACCCACCCGCCGAGUACGUCGAGAAAAUCCAGCCUCCGGUCGACAUCAUUGGGGGACUCGACCAGAUCGAUGCCGAUAUUGACGCUGGCAACUUCAAGAACGAGUACGACUUUGGCUGGACUCUCUACAAACUCAUCCAGUCUGCCCAUGACGGCCACUUUGCCUACGUCCCUGAUUCAGUUGGCUCCCUCUUCACCUGGGGCCGACCGAUUCCCCUAGUUUCUGUUUCCGAGGAUGGAGAUCAACUACCUGCAGUCUUUGCCUUCCCCGAUGUCCUUGGUAUGCAGUUUAAGAACAUAUCCUAUACGCCUUCCCCCGUUGUCGAGAUUGAUGGCAGGGAUGCAACAGAGUUCCUGGAGGAAUUCAGUCAGCACGGCCAGCUCCAGGAUCGUGAUGCACUCUACAAUAAUUUAUUCUAUGAGCUUGCCCAAGUCAGUCUCAGCGCCAUGGGCAGCGGUACUGGUACCUUCACUGGAGGUGGUCGUGGACGAUGGGUCUAUCCUGGAGCCACCACAACCCUUACCUUUGCCAACGGGUCUAGUUACACAAUGGAAAACUACGCUCGCCCGCUCAUUCCACUCCGCAACAUCGUUACAGGCCAGGAUCUAGCCGACAAGUGGCUCACCUUUGGUUCUACGGAUAGCCCACCCAAGGAAAAUUUGGGUGCUGAUACUGCUGUUGUCCAGGCAGCUGGCAACAAUGCGCCAGGUUAUCCUACCCCUAUCGCAGCUGGUCCAAUGAGACUCAUCAACGGGUUCUACAUCAACGCUCCUGGAUACGAGGAUGUUGCAGUGCUUCAAGUGCCUAACUUUGUCGGCUCUAACAGCGCUGAAAUUCCAUUCCAGCAAUUGACACAGAACUUCAUUCCCAAAGCUCUUGCAGACGGGAAAACGAAGCUGGUGAUCGACCUCCAGGCCAACGGUGGUGGCACAGUUUUGCAGGGUUACGACAUGUUCAAGCAAUUAUUUCCCAAUAUCGAGCCACUCAGCAACAAUCGUCUCCGUGCACACGAAGCCGUAGAUCUCAUCGGCAAGGCCACUAGUACUUUUGCCUCCAAGUUUCCAAGGGAAUAUGGCAACAACAGGACCAUUACCUCUGCCCAGAGUUCCUAUUUUGACUACCAUACUGAUGUCAAGGUGGAUGGUACGCCUUUCUCGUCUUGGGACGAGAAGAUGGGACCCCACGAGGUCAACGGCGCGCUAUACACCACAGAAUCACGAUGGAAUCUCUCUGACGUUUUUACUCCCUAUUCGUCAGGUGGUAUUUACGUGAGCGGGUAUGGUCCUCUUGCCAAUGUCACUGGACCACCCAAAUUUGCUCCCGAGAACAUCGUUCUUCUAACAGACGGUUACUGCGCGUCAACUUGCACCAUUUUCAGUGAACUCAUGACGCAACAGGCGGGCGUUACAACCAUUGCUAUGGGCGGUCGUAGCAACAAGAACCCCAUGCAGGCCAUUGGAGGUACCAAGGGCGUCAACAAUUACCAAUUCGGCUUCAUCCAGCAGACUGCACAGUAUGCCAUCACUUUUGAUCCUUCACUGAACAGCUCCAUUCUGCGAGAAGACUACUACCGCGACCUCGUCUAUUCGCGUAGUGCAGGCUCAGGUGUGAACUCCCGAGACGGACUUCGUGUGAAUGACACCUCUGGUGUGGCCUUGCAAUUUAUUUACGAGGAGGCCGACUGUCGCCUUUACUAUACUCCUGAGAUGACUGUUGACAUCACUGCUGUAUGGCGCGCAGCGGCCGAUGCGAAGUGGGGCGAUAAGCAGUGUGUAGCUGGGGGCAACUACAGUGACGAGAAACGUGAUGUUUCAAAGGUCACGACCAAGUUGAGUCCGCCAAAGGGACUUGUCCGAAUUGCAGCAGCAGAGGCUGUUAACCAUGUGCAAGCAUUCGAGAACAGUUUUACGCUGGAGACCGAAUGUAAACUCAAUGCUGAUGGUUUCAUGGCACCGUAG